AUGACAGCAGGAAUCCGCUCCACAUGUUUAGGGAAUGUCAUGCGUGUGGAUGUCGGACCGUUGGGAGAGAAGCGCCUGGAAGUGGCUCUUACUUUUAAUAACUCGGUGUACCCACUCACUCCCAGGUUGGAGUCUCAGUGUGGCUUCAGCACCAAGAGGGACCAGCUUGGGAACACCAUCAUUUAUGCCUCACUUCAGAACUGCUUUGCUUGGAAUGUGGCGGACAGUUCCUUCACAACAUCGCUGCAGCUUCGCCUGCAUGGGAGCAAAGAUGAGGAGGAAGAAGUCUACCAGGUGUCAGAGACCUGCCACUACCAGACCUGGGCCGCUCGGGAAAUCAUCUGCGGUCCCAACUUCAUGGAGGUGUCCAUGGAAAGGACUGUAGCAGAAGAUUCUACACUACACAAUGCUGAUCAUCGACGGACUGUGGAGAAAGUCCUCUUGGACUCGGAGUAUAAACUGUCCAAAGUGGUGUUCUACACUCCUGCAGAGAGGAUUAUGAAGCUGGAGGACGCCCAGCAACUGGGCUAUGGGAUAGGAAACACUCCAUCACGACUUGUGCUGAGGAGCCCUUUAUCCACACAUGAAACAUACACACAAAACGUGGCAGGAGUUCGCAUGAACGUGCUCCUGAUGUCAGCCGUGUACAGGAAGAAGUGGCUGACUACUCAGAUCGACGCCACUGCUGUGUGUCCGGUGGCAGAAGGGAGUGUGACCUUCACGCCCAACUUCAUCACCUGGUACCUUCCGCGCCACAUCGACCCACUCAUUUCCUCUGACCAGUUCACGUUGAUGGAGGUCCACAUGGGGGUGGAUGGAGAGAUUCUUGACAGUACUGAGUUGGAGAACAGAAGAUAUUCCCUGUCAGUCAAUGACAUUCACAUCAUUGUGGAGAUUCCUGUCGGCGCCGUCGGUGGUUUCUUCAAGAGCCUGGUCCAAGACGGCCAGUACCUCUCCACCUACUCCAUCGAGCCAAUGCUGGAGCUACUCUGGGUCGAGGAGUUCACUCAAGACCAGACGAGAUACAAAGUCAUGAUGCCCAUCACCACCCCUGUCAUGUCGCGCCCUCCUCAGGUUAUCGACAACACCAUUCCGCAGGAGCGCAUGUUUAAAGUGCUGAUCGGGCCUUUUGGCUUGGACGCGGUGCUGAUGAAUGUCUCCUUCCCCGGAGAGGUCUUGUCUUUAACCGACUGCCAGAUGCGAGGUUUCGAUGUCCAAGAGCUGCCGUCCCAGAAUGGCUCCAAAGUCUUCAGCAUUCAAGUGCCCUUCUCAGACCGCGUCGUUCAUCUGAGGGGAGAAGCGGAAGCGUCCGUCUACACUCUCCAACUGGCCCUGGGUCUGCUGGUGCUGCCAGAGCUCACACCCUUUACUCACUUCGUACACCUGGAAGCUAGAGUGGUCGACGUAGGUCCACCGGCGACAGUUGCCCCAUCCGCCACCGGCCACUGCGACUACAAGAGCUUCAUCCUGCUGGUGAAAUACGGCUCGGACGGCUUUAACUUCAACGCUCGGGUCGGCCAGAGUCUGCUGACGGUGUCUAAAGCUCAAGAGUACGGCCUGCUGCAGAACGGAACCCACUUCAGUUUGGUGGUCCCCUUCGCGGCGGAUGAUGUGGUGUUUGAGGCUGUUGACGAGUGGUCGAUCAGAACCAGACUUGAUCUGACUUUGAGUCACCCCGAAACCGGGAAGACCCUGAACUCCUUCUCCCUGGCCUGUAAUUUCCGCUCCUCGCUGGCAGAGUGUUUGUCCAACGGGACCAUGACCGCCCUGGCGAUCAAAGUGGAAUCGGUCCCCAGUCUGGACCCUCGGCAGCUGACCCUGUCUGAUCCCUCCUGCGGUCCCACGUACAGCGACGACCGCCACGCCUACUUCGUCUUCACCGGAGACUCCUGCGGCACAACCCGGAAGUUUCUUUCAAACGCCAUGGUGUAUGAAAACGAGAUCUCUCUGCCCGACCACAUGAUGGAAAGGGAGAAGCAGGAAGGGGAGAUGGAGGAGCCCGAAUACGAGUUGAAGAUUUCCUGUUAUUAUGACAUCACCUCACGGCAAGCGGUUCCCCUCCACACUCGCCCGCGCAGGAGCGAACCGUACGCUGACAAUGCACAGGGAGACCUGGACGUGGAAAUGCGACUGUCUUCUGACGACUCCUACAAGCUCUACUACCGAGCGGAGGACUUCCCCCUGGUGGUGUACCUGCAGCAGCCGCUCUACUUUGAGGUGGAGCUGAUGAAGUCCACCAAUCCUGCAGUCUCUCUGGAGCUGGAGAGCUGCUGGGCCACCACCAACAGGGACCGCCUGUCCCCUCCCAGAUGGGACCUCAUCAUCAAUGGGUGUGCAAACCCUGCAGAACCGUUCCAGGUCACCUUCCAUCCAGUCGAGGCAAAUGACAAAAUCCAGUUUGCGUCCAACAUGAAGCGUUUCGAGGUCCUGAUGUCCGCCUACUCCAUAGACAUGCUCACCGUUUCUCUCCUUCAGCUCUUUGUCCACUGCGACGUGCUGAUCUGCGACCCCAGAAACCCUCUGAAUGAAGCCUGCAGUUCCCCGUGUUCCAACAAGAGCAGAGACAAUGGUGAAGUAUCAACAGUCACCUGA